GACUUGAGUGCGAAGCUCUGCUUCGGACACGUAGGCAACUCAACACGGUCGGAGGGGGAGAAGGCGUUCCUCGAUUUCUUUGGCGUGCUCGUCUUCCUUUGUCCUUCCUUACCCGCCAGACCAGCCAGGAUGCGGAAGGAGGACCCUCCUUAGGGAGAGGGGGAGAGAGAGAGAGAGAGAUUGCUAUCGAUUGAUCGAGCUAGAAGAAUCGGUUGAUCGAGAGUAAGAGAAGAGGAAAGAAGAGAUUGAUCGAGUUAAGUUGAUGGGCGGCGACGUAUCUCUACCGCCGGGUUUCAGAUUCCAUCCCACCGACGAUGAGUUGGUGAGUUACUACCUCAAGAGGAAGGUUAAUGGCAAACCUAUCAGAUUCAACGCCAUCUCCGAGAUCGAUGUUUACAAGUCCGAGCCAUGGGAUCUCCCUGCGCGUUCUUGUUUGAAGAGCAGGGAUCUGGAAUGGUACUUUUUCAGUCCCCUUGAUAGGAAAUAUGGGAAUGGGUCGAGGACGAACCGGGCGACGGAGCUGGGGUUCUGGAAGACCACCGGGAAGGAUAGGGCGAUCAAGCGGAAUACGAAAACUGUUGGGAUGAAGAAGACUCUGGUUUAUCAUAAAGGGAGGGCGCCUCGUGGGGAACGGACCAAUUGGGUCAUGCACGAGUACCGUCUCCAGGAAGAGGAGGCGUCGGGUGCGAACGGUGGAGCUCCGACGGAUGCGUACGUCAUUUGCAGGAUCUUUCAGAAAAGCGGUGCCGGGCCGAAAAAUGGUGAGCAGUACGGAGCGCCGUUUAUUGAGGAAGAGUGGGAAGAUGACGAUGUUGCUGAGUCCGAGAUGCCAUUCGCUAUGAUGAAACACGAGGAAUCUUCUCCCGAGGCACCGGCGCCUGUUGAUCAUUCGAUGGUGGUUCCAAAGGCCGAGGAUGAUGCAUUUUCUACACAAUUUCCUGGUCUACCUUCUACACCUGAUAACUUGGGUCAAAAUUCGGCCGAUUCUGGGGACCGCCUGUUAAUGUCUUUGGAGGAGAUUGAUCAAUUUCUUCUAGAUACUGCCGAGCAAAAUGAGGCUAAGGGGAGUUCUUCUUAUGCCGAUGCGGUUGCUCCAGAGAACGAUCAUGAUCGGAAUUUAGGUUCCGGCCUUCUAGGCGAGAGGUCAUUCCCUGUAGCAGAAUGGGAUACAUUUGAUAAUUUUGCAUAUCCUGAAGAUGCUUUGGGUUUCUUUGAACAGUCCUAUACUGAUCCACAAGUACCUGGGUGCAACAGUCAAGAUAUUAGCAGCUCACCAAAUCUGGAAAUGGUUUGCCAGCCUACUGAAGAUGGUUCUUUCUUGGAACUGAAUGAUCUUUCAGAAGAAUCAGGACCAGCUGGUUCUCAAGAUAUUGGAGCAACUGAGAUGAUUAACAAUCCCCUUGAAUACUUUGAUGCUUCUCUGGCAAGCUUGCCAAUUGACGAUGGCUGCUUUUUAGAGAUGAAUGAUCUUUCAAAUCCUGAGGAUACCAACUCAAAUGAUUUUGAAAAACUUGAUGAACUCCUGCACUUUUUCAAUGAGACUGAGGAUAAUUUGUAUGAGAUUGGGUCAGGUUCUGGGGUUCUAGAUAAACCAGACAUUUUUGGCAAUAAUUUGAACACCAAGUCAGAGGUGGAGGAAGCAUUGAUACCAGAUGUACGUCUGGAGACCUCACAAAUUCAUGCUGCGGAAGUACGUGAGACCUAUCCUGGAAAUGGCGAUGAGAUUUUCAACGGAGAGCCAGACAAAGUUACUUGCAACCCAGAUAAAAAGUACUAUGGCGGAUGGGUUAACUCUCUGUCAAGACGGGUCCAUGGCAUGCUGGAAUCUAUUCCUGCACCCCCUGCAUCUGCUGCAGAAUACCCUCUCAAAGCAGAUAAGUCUGGCAUCCAGGCAUCUCCAGCUUAUGCCUCCAGCUCUGUUCAUGUUACUGCUGCAGCUAUUCACCUGUCAUGCAACGGAAUGAAUGAUGGUCCUCUCUGCAAGAGAGACCUUUCGGGAUAUCUCUCGGUUCUCUCAAUGAAGAAUGACCUUUAUUGCACGGAACCUCUUGUAGGCCUUGUUGGCGUCCCUGCCAUUUUAGACCUCUCUGGCAGGAAGGGCUUCACGUUAUUUAUCAGGGCAUGCUUUCAUCUCUUUGUUGUGAUCAUGCUGUUCGCAGUAAGUUAUAAACUGAGGAGCUGCAUUUCUGCUAGAUGAUGUCAUCCUAGAUGCACUUACUCGAAGACCUGCAUCUACUAAAGCUUUCUGCAGAUCUUUGUGCUGUUUCUUUGAAACUUAGGUAUACAAAUUCAAGAAUAUCUAUACGACGGCAGCCAUUGUAGUCGUUUAAUAAGAAAGAAAAAUACAACUGAAAGGAUACUUAUGUACUUUGACAACAGUCAUGAUUGGUUUGGUGCAUGUUCUCUUCUUCUUCUU